UAAAAAUAAAGUCGCAAAAAGAUCCAGUGAAAAACGUAAAAUAGUUUCUUAAUUAGGAAACUUAUAGACUUAGCGGAUUCCGCCCACUUAAGAAAUAGUUUGUGUACAGCUGUCAAGUGUAAACAUCCCACUGUGACACACAUAUUUUGAUCUACAUCAAUUAAACUUUAGUUUAGUUUUUCCCUGUACUUCCAAUAAUUUAAUAUCCGAGUCAAGAAGCGAUGGAUUCAAAUACCCGCUCUAGUUCCAGUGACAGAGAAAGAGAUCGUGAUCGAGCAAGACGUAGUGAGCGAGGUGGUGAAAGAAGCUCACGAUUUGAUAGUUCCCGUGAUAGGUCUAAAGAUUCAGAAACUCGUCGUAUUUACGUUUCAAAUAUCGCAUAUGAAGUUCGUUGGCAAGAUUUGAAGGAUUUGUUUCGCAAAGAAGUCGGUGAAGUUGCUUUUGUUGAGUUAUUCAACGACGAGAACGGCAAGGCAAGAGGUUGUGGCAUAAUUGAGUUUGUUAAUGCCGAUAGUGUACGCGUUGCUCUUGACAAAAUGAAUCGUUUUGAUUUGAGCGGACGUAAUUUGGUCAUUAAAGAAGAUUCAGGCAACGAAAGGGAUAAAUAUGGCUUUGUCAUUAAGCCACAAGGUUCUUAUCGUAGAGAUCGUGAUGAUGAUAGAUCCUACAAUGACUCAUCUCGUUCGCACGGUGGAGGUGGUGGUGGUAAUAAUCAUGGAAAUAAUAACUCAAAUCUUGAGAAUUUCAAUACGUAUGGUUUAUCGGUUAAGUUCUUAGAAGGAUUGGGCAUCACUCAAGGACCUUUGCAUAAUAAAGUAUUCGUCGCUAAUUUAGACUAUAAAGUCGACGCAAAAAAGUUGAAGCAAGUUUUUAAGCUUGCAGGUAAAGUUCUCAGUGUUGAUUUGUCGCUUGAUAAAGAUGGAAAUAGUCGUGGAUUCGCCGUCGUUGAGUAUGAUCAUCCCGUCGAAGCUGUUCAGUCGAUUUCGAUGUUUGAUAGACAAACAUUAUUUGAUCGUCGCAUGACUGUACGUCUUGAUCGUAUUCCCGAUAAAAAUGAGGGAGUUAAACUUCCCGAAGGAUUGAAAAGCGUUGGCAUUGGGUUAGGUCCGAAUGGUGAACCGCUCAGAGAUGUCGCUAGAAAUUUGCCAAAUCUUCAAAAUAAUCCAUCUCAGAAUAACAUGUCGAACUUGAAUACUAAUAUUAACCCAUUGAGUUCACUCAGCAACAGUUUGAAUCAAUUGACAACUCCAACGCCUGUUGCUGCUCCUCAAAAUUCAAGCUUGCUUGGUGUCCCAACAAAUAAUAAUUUAUCGGGUCUUGCCGCUUUACAAAAUGUUGUCGGUGGAUUAACUAGUUUGGGCGGUGUCUCUGCAUUAUCAGCUAAUCCAUUGCUCUCAUCUGCUGCUGCCAGUUUGAAUUCUCUUGGCCUCAAUCUUCAAUCUACUGCAAAUGAAGUUAAUCAGGCUCAACAACAAUCCAUGAAUCAAUCAUCAUUUAAUGCUUACAAUACAAGCGGUUUCAAUUCUGGAAAUCGUAAUGACGAUUUGCCAUCAUUCGGUGGUAAUCAAAUUCGUAACUACAACACAUCCAACGAUGAUUAUAAUAAUUCUCGUAAUUUUGGAGGUACCAGCUCUUCCCGUAAACAACAAUCUGACACCAUUCUCGUCCGUAACCUUCCUUCAUCUUGGACCUGGCAAAAUCUUCGUGACAAGUUCCGUGAUGUGGGUGAGGUGAAGUUCGCAGAGAUUCGUGGUCUUGAUACUGGAGUUGUAAGAUUUUCAAAGGAACGAGAGGCUGAUGUUGCCAUUAAACUUCUUGAUGGAUCUCGUUUCGAUGGUCGUGUUGUCGAAAUUGACUACUUCUAAUUAGCUUAAUUAUACCAUUAUUUCGCCAGAUUUUUUGUUUCAUCCCCGAUUUUAUUCACUCGCUCAGUCUUUUUUUUUUCUCUCUACCAUUUUUAAGCCAUCCAGUUUUCCUCCUCAUAUUCUUGCAGACUUUUUAUCUUACUUCCAUUAUAUCCAAUUGUGUACAACUUUAUGAUUUUUAAAGAACAAUUUUUGUCAUUUUUUGGGAGU